AUGGAGACUGCUGUACUUGUGCAGGAUGCAGCACGAUUUCAGGCCUGGCUUGAUGGGUUGACUUGUCGUGGCAUUGGUGUCAUGUUGAAACCAGGAGGUGAUAGCAAUUGUUUCAAGCGGAGUCAUUGGGCGUUGUCUGGACAAUAUCUGGCCUUCUUUUUCAAGGUGAGAGAGCUGAUGAAAGGCGACGCACGCGUGCUGGGAGGUGCAAUAGAGUGGCAUGAAACCCAUGAGGGGGCGGAGUUCGAGUGUCAGGCUGUUUUGAUCGUGGUCCCGCGCGACCUGGCAGGAGAUUUAUGGAACGGGUGCUUUGCUGAUGCUGGCUAUGGUCAUUUGAAAGGGACCUUUGUUAUGUUUACGGACUUGCUUUAUUUGUUCUCGUUGACAGAACAAGAGGUAUUUGAUCUACAGGGGGAGACGGGCGGACCGUUCAGCUGGAAUUUGAACCAGAUAGCAAUAGAGGGACGACAUGGCAUCGUGGCAUCGUUUUCCACGUUUUCUCUGAUGGAAAGAGUGGAGAGUGGCCAAAGGCCGUUUAGGAGGCGAGUCUCGCAUGUGUGA